UGAUUGUUAUAAAUUGGGAUAUUUGGAUUGUUCGAAUAAUUAUCAAAAUGAAGAGAGAAUUGAUUUUUUAGAUGUUAGUACAUGUAAGAAAUUAAAAGAAUUACAUGCUAAUCAUUGUGGCUUAGGAUUUUUGGAAUUGGCAGAGCAAAUAUAUACUUUAAAUUUGGCUUUCAAUAAUCUAAGCAGCCUUGGACUUGAUUUAACUAAUCUUGCUGAUUUAGAGUAUUUAAAUAUUGGUUUAAAUGUUUUAAGUAAUUUAAAUUUGACUAAUAAUAAAAAAUUAAAGCAUAUUUACUGCUAUGAAAAUCAAAUUGAAAAACUAGAAGUAAAGCAUUUAACAGAAUUAGAGAACUUAUUUUGUUAUCAUAACAAUUUGAGAAAAUUGGAUUGCAGUGGACUAAAAAACUUAAAAGAUUUAUAUUGCACUAAUACUUCUAUUGAUUUUGACAAUUUACUAAAAACAUUGAAUGUUAAUAGUUGUGAAGCACUAGAGAAUUUGGAUUGUGCAGAAAAUAAUGGUCUGAAUGAAUUAAAUCUUAUUAAUUUACCUAAACUCAGUUUUGUUUCUACUAAAGAAUGUGGUCUUAAUCAACUUGAAAUCAAAAAUUGUCCUAGUUUGAAGUUUUUGGAUUUUAAAAAAGUGCUUAUUGAAGAAAGAAAAGUUGUCAAAGAUAAAGAUGGUAAUGAUGAAAAGGUUUUUUUUAUAGAAGAAAUUGAUGCUUUAGCACAGCGGAAUACUAGCCGAGUGAUAAAAAUACUUGCUAAUCCUAAUGAUUACUCUCUUGAAGAUAUUCUCAAAUUAGGUAAGAAAGAGUUAAAAGGAGUAUCUGAAAAGUUAAAAGAAAAAUUAGUUGAACUAGCAAAACAAAAAUAUGAAGAAAUAAGAUUACAAAAAGAAAGGGAGUUCAUGAAUGAAUUAAGAAGGAAGUUUAAUAUAGAUGAGGAAGGAAAAUCUAAUCCAAAAAAAAGAGAAGGAGUUUUUCUCUUAGAAAAAGAUAGUGAUUCUCCAAGUGAAAAAGAAACACCUCUUCCUACUCCUCAGGAAUUACCAACACCAAAGAAUAAUAAUAAAGAUAAAAAU